AUGGGGAAGAUUGCUUCAAUGGAGUAUUUCCGCGUACCACCUCGUUGGUUAUUUGUGAAAAUAGUCGACGAGGAUGGCAAUGUUGGCUGGGGCGAGGCGUCACUAGAAGGCCAUACCCAGGCCGUAGAGGGAUGCCUCGAUGCAUGGUUUGAACGCUACAGAGGAUUUGAAGCCGAUGAUAUCGAGCACAUAUGGCAAAUGUCGUGGCGCACAACUUUCUACCGCGGAGGGCCAGUCUUCAUGAGUGCUCUGUCGGGCAUCGAUAUAGCUCUCUGGGAUCUCAAAGCACGCAAACUCGGCGUACCCAUCUAUCAACUUUUGGGCGGAAAGGUCAGGGAUACGCUGAAAGUCUAUGCCUGGAUUGGAGGGGACAGACCUGGCGAUGUCGAGGUACAGGCGAAAGCUCGACAGGAGCAGGGUUUCCUCUCCGUCAAAAUGAACGGAACCGAAGACCUAGGCUGGCUGGACUCUCCAUCUGCCUUGGACGACUGCGUCGAGAGGGUGAAAGCCGUCAGGGCCUUGGGAAUGGAUGCCGGCGUCGACUUUCACGGCCGCGUCCACCUGCCCAUGGCCAAGCAACUGGCCAAGAAGCUCGAACCGCACUCACCAAUGUUCAUUGAAGAGCCGCUGCUUUCUGAACAUAUUGGCGGAAUCGAGACACUAUCAAAACUGACAAGUAUCCCGAUUGCGCUGGGGGAGCGUCUCCACAGCAGAUGGGACGUUCGCCCGUUUCUGGAAAAGGGCGUCGUGGAUAUCUUGCAGCCCGACGUCUGUCACGUUGGUGGCAUAUCUGAACUGCGCAGAAUCGCUGCCAUGGCCGAGGCCUACGAUGUUGCCCUGGCUCCCCACUGCCCCUUGGGUCCCAUUGCUCUGGCUGCAUGCGUGCAGGUCGACUUGACGUGCCCAAACUUUGCGAUUCAGGAAAUGAGUCUCGGCAUUCAUUACAACAGCACUGGACAAGAUCUGACGAGCUACCAUACUAAUCCUGAAGUCUGGAAGGUGGAUAAAGGCUACAUUAAUAUUCUCAAAGGCCCCGGCCUCGGCAUUGAGAUUGACGAGGAAGAGGUACGUCGGCUGUCCAAGGACGCCUCGGCUUGGGUAAGCCCUGGGUUUAUUGGUCCCGGAGGAGAGAUUCGCGAAUGGUGA